AUGGCUCCCGUAACCGAGAUCCCGCAAACGGUCGAAUGGCAGGGCAAGCAAGUGCCUGUCUGGUCCAUGCAGACUGUCAACUAUGCACUGCUCCUCUCGCAGGACCCCGCCGAGGUUGAGAAAGUAACAAAAGCCUGUGAAGAAGAAGGUUACUUCUACCUCGAUCUCCAGUCAAUCGAUGGCGGACGCAUGCUUGGCGAUCAGCAAGAGACGCUGAAGCUCAUGAAGCGCUUCUUCGAUGCACCAAUUGAGCAGAAGAACGAGUAUGGGCUCAUCUCGUCCCAUUUGGGCUACGAGCCAGUUGGCAGUCGUACUGGUGCUUUUGGCCCUGGUACCAAGGAUGGCUACGAGAUGCUCAAGGUCUCUCGCGACGAGAUCCAACGAGGCAGCCCCAAGGUUCCUCAGCCGAUCAAGAACAAUGGUGAACUGAGGAUCUUGGAGAACACUAUUGGGAGUUGCAACACGAUCACCAAGGUCAUCUUGGCGGCUUUGUCGAAUGGUCUAAACUUGACCGGGGCUUCGCGUUUCGAGAACUCGCAUCGCAACGAUCGUCCGUCAGCUACCACGCUCUCCAUGAUGCACUACCUUCCUUCAGACAUUUCUGGCAACAACAAAGUCGGCCACCAGAAGCACACCGACAUUAGCUCCCUCACCCUUCUCUUCAGCGAGCAGUGGGGUCUUCAAGUCCGUCCACCAGGCACUUGCGGUGCACGGGAGAUGGGUUUCGUCGCACCAAAGCCCGGCUGCGCGUUCGUUCAUGUUGGUGAUUCUCUGCGCUUCGCCAGCGGCAUGAAGUUCAACUCAUGCAUUCAUCGCGUCGUGCCCUUCAACCCGUCUGAGCACCGCUACUCGAUCGCUUAUUUCCUCCGCGCCGAGGACGACACCAUGUUUGUAGACAGCGAGGGCCGAUACAUUACCGCUGGGCAGUGGCACGACGAGAAGUUUAAGGCGUUCACUGAUCCGUGGCAAUGGCAGGCUAUGGCUCCCACCUCGAUGAUUCUGGGUGGCAUGAAGGAGGCUGGUGCGGAUGAUCCGCAGGGCGAGCCGGCGCAGUUUGCGCCCAACGCUAUUGCGCUUCAAGAGGAGCUCAAGGAGGUCUCAGUCCAGGCAUAG